AUGAAUUCACAGAUUAAAGUUUAUAACCAAUUGAAAACAUAUUCACGUCGAGGUGCUAAGAAAAAUAAAAUGCAUGACAGGAAAGCCAAUGUGGCUACGGCUGAAGCGGGUGUAGACGCACCCACUCGUCUGCUGCUUUAUAAAUUAAUAAAUAACCAAAUUUUGGAACAAAUAAAUGGUAUUAUAUCGACAGGCAAAGAGGCAGUAAUUCUACAUGCCAAUUCCGAUGCUGGCUAUGCUGAAAAUGUUAAUGAAUAUAAUAGAACCAUAUGCUCUCCUCAAUUAUUACCCAAAGAAUGUGCUAUUAAAAUAUUCAAAACUACUCUAAACGGGUUUAAGCAACGGGAUCGGUAUAUAAAGGAUGAUUAUCGAUUUAAAGAUCGUUUUAGUAAACAAAAUAAGCGUGUUAUCAUAAACAUGUGGGCGGAAAAGGAAAUGCAUAAUAUUAUGCGCAUGCAAAGAGUCGGUAUAAACUGCCCAGACGUGGUUGUUUUAAAAAAGCACGUGUUAGUAAUGUCUUUCAUUGGCAAUAAUCAUAAUGCGGCACCAAAACUUAAAGAUGCACGACUAAGUUCGUGGGAAUUGAGUUAUGCCUAUGAAGAAAUAAUUACAGUGAUGCACAAGCUUUAUAACCAAGCAAAGUUGAUACAUGCCGAUCUGAGUGAGUACAAUAUCCUAUGGCACGAUAAGAAGUGUUGGAUCAUCGAUGUAGCGCAGUCUGUGGAGCCGGAACAUCCAAGCGCAUUAGAACUUCUAAUGCGUGAUUGUGGUAACAUAAUAACCUUCUUUGAAACACGUGGUUUGCCGAAUAUAUAUACGAAGGAACAACUUUUUGAAUAUAUUACAUCUUUAAAUGCCAAGACUCAUAAUGCUGCCAUGUUAGAGCGCAUUCAUACACGUGGCGCUUCAAUAUCAGUAGCUACAUCUCCGAGUCAAGAUGAGUGUCCAGAAGAACUAAAGAAUCUUGUUUAUCCUUUCGACUUAGCUUGGGAAAAAUCCCAAUGUGAAAGACAGCAACGUGAACCACUGAAAUCUGCGGAAUCUUCAUGUCUGACCACUGCUGAUCAGGCUACAUCGGCAAUGGGAACUUUAAAUAUUAACGUGCCCUGUGCAUGCCAAGAAAAUAAGUCUUAAGAGUAAAAACAUCUCAAAACAAUAGGGAACGACACUAUUAGUAUUUUGGUCUGACCGAAUUGAAAUUCAAUAUACUGUUACAACAAAAA